AUGCCUUAUGGGAAGUCGCAUAUGGCGGGUUAUGCAACAAGGAAUCAAAAAGCAAAGCUCGCCGCCGAUUACCAAGAAUUAUUAAAAGAACUUUCAACGACUACCAAUAUACAGUCGGUCGGCAAUUAUGUUUUAGAAAAAACGCUGGGUGAAGGAUCGUAUGGAAAAGUUAAGCUUGCAACGCAUAAAUUGACCGGUCGACAGGUCGCAAUAAAAAUAAUACCAAAAAUUCAUGCCGAGAACCUCACUCGUGAAAUACAUCAUCACCGUUAUUUACAUCAUCCUAAUAUCAUAUCUCUUCUCGAAGUCAUAUCAACAGAAAGCAAAAUUUAUAUCGUUUUGGAAUAUUGUGAAGGUGGAGAGUUAUACGAUUUUUUAGUUGAACGGGGACGCCUGAGAGAAAAUCUGGCAAGAAAAUUGUUUGGCCAGUUAUGUAGGGCGGUCAAAUAUUGUCAUGACAGAAGAGUGGUUCAUAGGGACUUAAAACUUGAAAACAUUCUUCUCGAUUCUAACAAUAAUAUAAAAUUAGCCGAUUUUGGUUUUACGCGGGAGUGUGAAAGUAAAAGAUUACUGGAGACAAUUUGUGGUUCAACAGGGUAUUCUGCUCCAGAGGCCAAAGACCUCAUACGUUCAAUAUUACAAUUGGAACCAUCAGAGCGACCGACUUUAAAACAGAUUUUGCAACAUAAUAGUGUAAAGGAACCUAUAAAAGAAGUAACAAUUUCAUCAUCAUCUAAAGACAUUCAUAUAGAUGCAACAAGUCAUCUUGAAAGACAACGACAAGAAAUAUUUUUGGCGACAAGGCAACAUAACGCUUCAUUACCAAAUCAUUAUCCCAUGACAUUUACUCGACAUUCUAAUUCAUAUGAUAGUGAUAUUAUAAAUUCAACUGCACCAUCAGCUUUUAAGAGUAGAUUUAAAAAUUUUUCUCCCGCAGUUGGUCCUUCACCUCCCAAAGUUUGGGGUCCUUCAACGUCAAAAACGUCUCGAAGAUCCUCAAUUGAUAGUAAAGCUUUUAACGAAAAGGUUUUUUUUACGACGCCUGAAGAAAAGGAACUAUUGGAAAAAUUAGAAAAUUUGGGAUUGGAUAUAACAGGAAUAAAAGAUAGUGUUUUGGAAGGUAAAGUUGAUUCUGCUAGUGGACUUUGGUGGCUUUUAUUGGCCAAAUUAAGAGAAAAGAGAAAAAUCGAAGGAGUUCAAAGUUCUGUAACAAUGGUAAAUGUGGCAGUUGGUACAAGUGAUGAAGAAAUAGAGAUAGCGGAAGAAACUGAAGAAUAUGAUUCAUCGGAAAAUAGUAUAGAGCUUGAUAGGUUACAAGAGGAGAUAGUGAAAGAUGUGGAUUCCACAAAAACUUCAGAAAAAAUAAUGUCACCUCCCACACCACCGCCAAAAACUUAUCAUGCCGCCCCCGCUUCGCGUGAAAGGCGCAAGUCUUUGAUUUUAUCGCUCCCAGAAGCAGUUGAACCCGUUCUCACCACUAUUACCGCAACGGCAUCUCCUCCUUUAUCACCUAAAAAGUAUUCAUCAUUUACUAGUCCUAUAAGUUCAAGAUCAGUUAGAGGGUUAUUAUCAACGAUUAGAGGAUGGUGGGGUGGAUCACAUAACCCAAAAGAUGUUAAUAGUGCAUAUAAAAAAAGUAUGUUAAAUUGGGCGGAAAGUGGUGUGGUGGUUCCGGCUGAUGUAGUUCAUGUAAGACGAUUGAACAGAAGAAGGAGUGGUAGUAAAACGCCACCAGGUUUUGAAGGUGCAAAUAGUUUUAGCUUAUCAAGAAGGUCAUCAAUGAGUCGAAGUUCAUUAAGAGACAAAAAGAAAAGGAGAAUUCCAAUACAAGGUAUCAAAGGAGGGAAUAAACGUGCCACACCUACUCCUGCACCUUUAAUGAUACCUCCUGUCACGCCUUCUAUUGUUCUCUCACAAAGUUCACCUACAAGCAUGUCUCCAAUACCUGGAACGCCACCAGCGUCAAGGCCUAAGACUUUGUUUACUAAAAAUCGGAGAAAUCCUUUUGCAUAUCAAGGUUCAUCACGUAAACAAGUUAAACGACGGAGUAUAAAUUCAAUAAAUAAUUUACUGGACAAUUUUAAUUCUGCUUCUGGUUCUGAAAACAUUAUUCCUAAUGAUGAAGAAACCACGAUAGAUGAACGAUUAAUCGUAGUAGAUAGCACUAAUCCAUCUCAAAGAUCUAAAAGUGAACAUUUUGGAUUACAAAAAGUUGAUAAUCGCAAAAUAUCAGAGGAUACUUUAAUAUCAAUAUCGAGUGAUGUAAUUAAACCCGACGAAACCAUCGUAAAUCCACCUUCCUUUUCCUCAUCAAAUUCUCGUCAACCUAGUAGUACAUCAAUAAGCUUUACCCCUCCAAGACAUCAAUCUCAAACAAGUCCAGUAUCGCCACCUUUAUCACCAAUUGAAAGUGUCGUCGUUCCAUCGUCCUUGCCUAGCAUGAAUGUCGUUCAUAAAAUACAGGUUCAUUCCAAUGCAUCACGGAAAUCCGUUGAAAGAGGUAAACAAUCAGAAGUAAAAUUUUCACCUAUUGAAAAACCAACCUCCCCCUCUACAAAAUCUGUAAUGAUUUUAAUUUCAACGCCGCCAGAAUCACCAAAAUUAUCGACACCAACACCUUCAACAAAUUUAAACCCACAAAGUAAAUUUGGUCUACAUACGCGCUCUUAUACUUCACCUUCAGCAGCAUCAUCAUUGAACAAUAACAAUGGCAUGGAUAUUGAAAUUAAUAAUAAGCGAGACUCCUCACAUCCUCCACCAAAUAUGAAUGCUUCGCAGAUGAUGUUUUUACAGAACAAUGGGCGAAAUACACGACAGAAGAAUUCUUAUUUAAAUCCGAGUUCAAGUAUUAUAUCCGCACGUAGGCCAAGAUGCAUUGGCAUCUAA